AUGCCGCUCGAGGACGUGUUGCCAUUGGUACAGAACGAGGUGCGCGCCAAAACGCUUCAGGCGGCAAUGGCGCGUCAGUCGGUGGACUCGUUCUACUUCCAUUGUGCGCAACAGGCGGAGAAAAAGGGGCUUACGGAGGAGCUACGACGACAAGUGCUGCAAUACUUCGACCAGGAGCUCUUUGUCUACGAUCAAGAGCUAGAGUCCAAGCCUUUUGUGCUCGGCAAGUCGCUUAAUGAAGCUGUGUUUGGCUCAGUGAUCAAGUUGCAUCUGGCUGGAGGAGACACAGAGGCCGCGUGGAUGGCAAUUAACAAGUUACGACGAGCUGUGAGAGGACAACAAGAAGUAGGUGAGACGCCCAAGCUCCACUUUCGAACCGUGAGUCCGUUACUUGAGCACGAAUGUGAACAUGGCCAAUUCUUGAGUGCGUACUCGAGAUGGCAGCAAUUGAAGCAGCACGACGUCGAGUGGACUAGUGCCAUGGAGGACGUACUCGCUCAAAUGGUUGCUGCAUGUGUGAAGAACAAUGAGCAGCAGCUGGACGAGUACACUGACAGCGAUGCCACUGAGACGCGCUUCCACGCUCAGAUGGCAUCGCUGCUGCAUGAUCUGCAGCUUACAUGUCGCGAGAUAUCUCCGUCUAACGCUCAGCGACUCCUUCAUGGCUUCCGUGAUGCAGGGUACAGAGUGGAGUCCGUACCGAGCGAUGCUCGGAUGAAACCCAAGUGUCCAUGCUGUGGACACGCUCUGAACAAACAAGGCAUGUCGGAACAAGAACGUGAGCACAUGCUGACUGCACUCGAGUCCCGUCGUAGCAAAAUGGCGCCUGGCAAGCUGGUCAAAGAGUUCCUGGACCCUUUCCGAGUCUGGUUGAUGCUCCGUCACGAGACAUUCCAGCUGCAAACAUUGGCUGAAAAUCCGAGAAGUAGCAAGCCUCUGCACUAUGUGCUGGAUGGACCCAACAUUGCGUACAUUAACCAAAACUUUGAGGCCGGUACCUACCGUUUGGAUCACGUCGACUACGUCGCGAGGGAGCUACAAGCUCAGGGACAUCUGGUUAGUAUUACGAUGCCCACGAAUUACCUUGCGGACAAGUUCUUGGUGCGUAUCCGCAACAAACACUUCCGGGAUAUGCGUCGUCAAGGCAAAUAUGCCACACGAGAACGUACGCCUGAGGAGAAGGCCAUUGUGGCGCGCUGGAAAGAGGAGGAUAUGAUCUUUAGCUGCCGCACCGACUUCUUAUCGGACGACCUGUUUUGGCUCUACGCGAGCGUGUUAUUGGGUCGUGAAGGCCGCGUAGUUACGAAUGAUCAAGGUCGCGAUCAUACAGGUGCCCCCUCUAUCUCAAUGGACCUCAUCGCGCGGUGGAAAGACAUGACGACGGUGAAUAUCGAGAUCAAACACGAAGAAGCCGCGACCAACGCUGCCGUGGCUGGAGACUGGACCAAGCUGAUUCCGAUCGAGUACAUCAAAUUGCGCCACCCGCAGCCGUUCUCGCGCGUACCGCAGGUGACAGCACCGCAGCAUUUCCACUUUCCACUUGCAGAACUAGCAAAUAAAAACGAACAUCCGAAUCAAGUGCAGAGCCAACGCAAACGUACGCGAUGGCUCUGUGUGCAUCGAAAUGACAGCACCUAG